CCCGCCCCCGUUCUUUCCCGUAAGCCGUAAGCGUGGUCUCUGUUUUGGCAGCAUGGCUUCUUCAGCGAAAAGACGAGCAGUUGGAAUGGGAGAAAAUCCAGCUGAUAGUGAGGAUAACAGCUCGGAUGAGGGAUUGGAAGACGAUUGUGAUUCAGGAGAGAAGGACAGCGGAUCAGAAGAGGAGAUCAAUGAAGAGGUCAUUGUGGACUUUGAGGCACAUACUAUUACUCACAAUGACUACAAUGGUGUCAAGAAACUCCUGCAACAGCUGUUUCUGAAGGCCAAUGUAAAUACAUCCGAGUUGACCGAUCUCCUCAUCCAGCAGAAUCAUAUUGGAAGCGUCAUCAGGCAAGCAGAGGUGCCAGAGGACAGUGAUGAUGAGGGGGAUCCGGCUGAUGAGGUGUUUGGUUUCAUCAGCAUGCUCAACCUCACUGAGAGAAAGGGUGUCCAGUGUGUGGAGGAGGUGAAGGAUCUGAUCCUGGGCCAAUGUGAGAAGAGUUGUCCCCAUAGUGUGGCAGACGAUCUGGAGAAGGUCCUCAACGACACCAGUAAGCCUGUAGGACUGCUGCUCAGCGAGAGGUUCAUCAACGUGCCCCCACAGAUCGCCCUGCCCCUCCACAAGCAGCUACAGGAGGAGAUGGCAGAAGCCCAGAGCAGCAACAAGCCCAGUGGGAAGUGUCAUUACAUCCUGAUGAUCAGCAAGACGUAUAAGGAUCCCUCCAGGACCAUCCCUGCCAGAGGAGCAUUGCCUAAAGACCAGCUCAUGUUCAUCAACGCAGAGGAGGAGUUCUUCUAUGAGCAAGCCACCAUGAAGUUCCACUACUCGGUGCAGGACGAGACGGACUCUGUUCUGAGCGGGCGCUGGUCCUUCGACGACGUCCCCAUGAAGCCACAGCGUACUGUGAUGCUCAUCCCAGCAGACAGGAUGUCAGCCAUCAUGGACAAGCUCAAAGAAUACCUCACCGUGUGACCAACCAUACUACUACACAUACAGAAUAAACUCUGGUAAACCACAAGACUGAUCAUUUUUAAACACCUCUGGAUUAUUAUGUAAAGUUCAAUAUAAACAUCGAAAGGAAGGGGACCAAUGGAAUACUUUUUUUGAUUAGCUGAGAAUGUCAAGUCAAUGCUAUUAUGUUGUAAUGGUUCCCUUUAGCCCAGAGGUUUAUCUAGCAGUUUUCAGAUAAAUGUACUUUUGACUAAAAUAAAUCACUUUAGACAUGGGUCACAGUACAAAGCACUGUAUUUGCAGAUUCAGAUAAACAUAGUGAUGUAUGAACAUUAACAUCUCAGUACAAACUAUUUCUACACAAUAUCAGGCAAGUGACAAUUCCAAAACGAAAUUGUGUAUUUUUCUGUGAAGGAAUAUCCGAUGUUCUGAUGGACUAAGUUAAAACUGAUUUGACUA